CGGGGCACCUGUUGUUCCCAGUGUUGCAUACUAGGAAACUCCUCCGCCGCGGCGCGUGCAUACCUUCACGCUCUGCAGUGUGCGUCGCGUGGAGAGAGAACAGAGCUCCCACGAAGAGCAGCCGCGCCGCGCCGCGCUCAAGUUUAACGGCUUUUUACGUUGCGACGGAGACCGAGAAGGAGUUCACCCGUGUCCGUGUGGAUUAUUUCAUCCCUUUUUUUUCCGCUCUGCCGCUCGCUGGAUUUUUCCCACCCGCUUUAGGACCUUUUUCCCCCCCCUCCACCCUUCCUGUGAUGUUUAGGGAUCCAACAGCAGCCUUCUCCAUCCCUGUUGCCCAGCGGCGGCUGGCCUGAAUACAAAGCCCAAUCAAAGGGGGUGGGCGGGUGGGGGGCACCAGGAUUUUGGGCCGCGGGACCGGAAGGCAUGCUGGCAGCCAUGCUGCGGCAGAGCUCUGGUGGCGGGGGAUCAGGGGGAUCAGGCGGCGGCGGCGGGGGAAAUAAGCUCACCAUGGGCAUCUCCCGGCUCUCCAGCUCCAGCCUGGGGUCCGGAGGCCACCCUAGGCCCACCAAGAGCAGCUCGGUCAGCACGGACAGCCAAGACGCCGCCCCCGCGGACCCACACUACAUCAUGCAGCUGGUCGCCGACGUGCGCAGGUUCGCCGACGUGCUCCUGCAGCUCAAAGAGGUGUUCAACUCCAAAGAGCACCAGGACUGCCUCCAUCAGGCGGUCCAUGAGCGGCUGGGGGAGCUGCUGCGCGUCCUGAAGGCCAUCAUCAAGAAGCACCAGAGCCUCAACUCUGUGGACAUCCUGAGCAGAGCCGGAACCGUGAUCGCCACGGUCAAAGGAGUGAACUUCAACGAGGUGAACGAGGAGAACAAACAGAAGCUUUUUGGUGAGAUCUACACCGCUAUCGACACGUUGGCGUUCACCUUUGGCAAUGUAGUGUCUGACUUCCUUAUGGGAGAUGUAGAGAAUGGCUCGGUGUUGGGGCUCCCCCUGACUAAGAGAAGCAGGUCUUCUGAGAACCUCUCUGUGGAAUCUGGAGGAUCCGGUCCUGAGAAAGAUGAUCCGCCAGGGCCUUCUCCACCGGUUCGGCCCGAAGAGGUGGACAGGACUCUGCAGCGGCAGGACAGCGGCGUGGAGUCGGUGCUGCUCUAUGCCAAGGCGUGGUCCAAGUACACCAAGGAGCUCCUGGCAUGGGUGGAGAAGAGGCUCAGUGUGGACAUGGAGUGUGCCAAAAGUUACGCCAAGAUGGCCGAGACGGCCAAGACGCUCGCCAGUCAGCAGGAGUUCAUGCCGUUCUGCGAGACGUACAUGACCGCAUUCAAAAACGAUGUGGAAUACAGUCAGCUGGUACUACAAACUGCAGCCGUACUCCAAAGCAACAAGUUUGUGCAGCCUCUCCUGGCCAGAAAGAAUGAGCUGGACAAGCUGCGGAGAGAGGUGAAAGAGCAGUGGCAGAGGGAGCAAAAGAAAAUGCAAGAGGCAGACAGCGCUCUGAGGAAGGCCCGGCUGCUGCAGGCUCAGCGGCAGGAAGAGUACGAGAAGGCCAAGGUGAGCACCAGCCGCCUGGAGGAGGAGCAGGCCGCGGCUGGAGGAGGCGCAGCCGCAGCCAAGCAGCUGGAAAAGAGGCGUAGGCUGGAGGAGGAGGCCCUGCAGAAGGCUGAGGAGGCCAGGGAGCACUUCAAGGCUUGUCAGGUGGAUGUCAGUGUGAAGAGAGUGGACCUGGCCAACACCAAGAGCGAGAUCAUCACUCAGAUCAGAGAAAUGGUCUCCCAGUGCGACCUCACCCUCAAGGCUGUGACCGUCAACUGGUUCCAGCUGCAGCAGGCCCAGGUCGUGUCUUUACCCGUCAACCACCAGAGUCUGUGCGAAAACGCCAAGCAGUACGAGCCCGGUCAGCGUUACAUCGACUUCGUCAGGAGUCUGCCCACCGACGGGGCUCGCCUGGAGCCGCACUCGCUGGAUUCCCCCGUCACGCCAAACCCGUGGUUGCCUUCAAACAAGCGUUCGCUGAGUGGCAGCCACUCCUCCCACAGCAAUCUGUCGCAGGCAUCCGUUACCACCGACGUCCUGGGGGGGGAGGACGUGGACGGUCACAGCAAUACCCACCAUGCCAAGCUGGCAGAGAGACGCUCCAACGGCGGCACCGACAUCCAAGCGCUUCGCCUCCAGGGUCCCUGUCGGCCCUGGGCCUCCGCCGGUCAGGCCGGAGGGAUGUGCAGCGACUCAGAGAGCGCCGGGUGGAGCAGCGAGUCGCGCUCCAUGGACUCGCCCACUGCAAGCCCAGGGGAUUUCAAGAGAAGGCUGCCAAGGACCCCCUCCACGGGCACCAUGUCGUCCGCAGAUGACCUGGACGACAGAGAGCCUCCCUCGCCGUUGGACAACGGUUUAAACGAGAUGAUCAUAGAGACGGCCAGCUCCCCGGGACCCUUCAGGAACACCCAGAUGUCCAAGGCAGCCCAGACCCACAAGCUGAGGAAGCUGCGCGCUCCCUCCAAAUGCCGGGAAUGCGACAGCCUGGUUGUGUUUCACGGAGCCGAGUGCGAGGAGUGUUCGUUGGCCUGUCACAAGAAGUGCCUGGAAACCCUGGCCAUCCAGUGCGGCCAUAAGAAGCUCCAGGGCAGGCUCCACCUGUUCGGCAUCGACUUCACGCAGACGGCCAAAAGCACGCCUGAUGGCGUCCCCUUCAUCAUCCGCAAAUGCACGUCUGAAAUAGAGAACAGGGCGCUCAACAUCAAGGGGAUCUACCGCGUCAACGGGGCCAAGUCUCGGGUGGAGAAGCUGUGCCAGGCGUUCGAGAACGGCAAAGACCUGGUGGAGCUGUCCGAGCUGUACCCCCACGACAUCAGCAACGUGCUCAAACUCUACCUGAGACAGCUUCCAGAACCGCUCAUCCUGUUCCGGUAUUACAACGACUUCAUCGGUUUGGCGAAGGAAAGCCAGAGGAUCAUCGUGGAAGACCUGGAAGCCCGGCGGCUCAGCCCCGGCGCCGUCACGGCGGCCGAGGUCAGCGUGGAGCUCAACCGGGUCUUGUUCAAAAUCAAGGAUCUGCUGAGGCAGCUGCCUCCAGCUCAUUACAAGACCCUGCAGUUCCUCAUAGAGCAUCUUCACCGGGUGACCGAGUGUUCGGAGGAAAACAAGAUGACGGCCAGCAACCUGGGCAUCAUCUUCGGCCCCACGCUGAUCAAGCCGAGGCAGGCGGACGCCGACGUUUCCCUCUCCUCUCUGGUGGACUACCCCUACCAGGCCCUCAUGGUGGAGCUUCUAAUCCGCCACUACGAGAUGCUCUUCGACACGCCACUCAGCCCGCUGCGCCGCGCCUCCCCCACCGAGGCCGACUGUCACCCUCGCCUCAGCCAGCCGGAGAGGGAGCAGCUGAGCAGGCACUCCAAGUCGCUGGGAGACAUAAAGGAGCAGAGCUCCAAGGUGUUUAAGAGACAUUCCUCCAUAAUACCGUCUUCGCACUUACUAGCCGAGGUCCAGGAGACCGUGCCGACCCUCGAUGGCAGCGACUUUGAACCCGGUGACGAGGUGGACUCGGAGAUCCUAAACGGGACGUUGUCGACGAGCGUCCCCGACAUCCCCAAACCCGGCGAGAGGGGCGUGUGGCGCUCCCAUCAGGCCGCGGUCAGCAGGGUCCAGCUGCGGCACCCUCGCGGCAAACUGUCGUCGCGGCCGAUGAGCAUGCCGGCCGAGCGCGUCCUCAGCCGAGGGCAGGUGGACGAGAACAACAGCCGCAACAGCGCCAGCCGCGAGAACAAGAAGGGAGGCGGCUGCAGCCAGUCCAUCGAGGAGGUGGACGAGACCGACAACACCAAGCUGCGAGCGGGCGCGCACUACCGCAGCACGUUCAUCGACACGCAGACGCUGCGGAGAACCUGGGACAAACAGUACAAGUACGACGCCGCCUCCAGGGCCGCCAAGCUGGCGUCCAGCUCUUCCUGCGACGGCGCCGCGCCGGACGCCGGCGUCGUGUCGUCGGCCUCCGUGCCGUCCGCCUUGAACCUGGCGACUGCGGGGAGCGCCAUCAGCACCGUUUACCCCAGCAGACCUUACACGGUGGCGGUGCGGCCCUGCAGGACUCUAAAGAGGGAGGACAACGUGGCGAAGAACAGCACCAUCGCUACGGUUUUCAGAGCUCCAAGGACUCUCCAGCCUCCUCCAGGAACGUUCUACAAGCCUCCCUCAGAGAGCAAGGCCAGAGGGCUGCAGAACUGUAAGCUAGCUAACAGCGCAGAGGAGGAAGACGACGACGACGAUGAGGAGGAGGAGGACGAGGAGGAGGACGAUGAGGAGGAGGAGGAGGACGAACUGGGGAUUGAGAUGGAGGUCUCGGUGGACGAGCCUCUGGAGGAGGUUGAGCAGGCAGCCAUGUCUCAUUCGCCCAGCUCCAGCCCUGAGGAACUGGGUCAGAACCAGACCAAACCGGUUUACCAGAGACUGAGGCCCAGGCGCCUUCAAGAGGUCGAACACAGAGAGGCUCAUUUCGUCUGAUCAGCUGCAGGUCAGGGUGGAGGCGACUGUGGCUGAAGGUGAAGGAGUCCCAUUUUAUUCCAUGAAGAGCAGAACCAUCCCAGCUGCUGUACAGGACGCACUUAACCCCCGCAGACCCUCACCAUCCUGCUCCAAUCACACGCUCCCAUCACUCGCCACCAUAUUUAUAAUUUCUAUUAAACUGUGCAAUGAUGUUUCUUGUUUUUUUUAUAUAUAUAUAUAUAUAUUUUGUACAAAGUUUCUAUACCCAUUGUUGAUGUUUGUUUUAAUGCCAAAAAGUUGUGAAUCAUCAGAUGAGAGCUCAUGAUUCAGAUGACAACACUGAACUAAAUUCGGUGCACUUAACCCCACAUGAAUCCUCCUCUGCAGACCUGACGGAGCUGGGAGAAGCGAGGGUUUUAAUCUGUUACAAGUACGUCGACUUCUGAUGAUCCGCGUGUAAAGCUGGGUAAACACAGGCCCUCAUCGGGUGGCGGUUCCGGCAGCAAGAGCUGUUUGAAAAAGAAACGAAACAUCGCUGAAGCUGGUUAGCCGUUAUGUUUUUAGACUUGGAUGACGUCAACUUGUCGGACGAGUUUUUACAAAUGCCACUAGUGUUGUUGUUGUUUUUUUUUUCCCACUUUGUUUCAAUAUCACCUUUACAUUUUAAUCGCCAAAGCUGUGUUUUUUGUUUUUUGUUUUUGUUUUUUACAACUUUAGUACCCUAUCAGUAACACAGACCUUACAUGUUCAUUGUAAGUCAAGGGAGUACACCGUUUAUCGAAGCUGUUUUUUUCAUUGUCAUGUUCAUGGUUGACAAACUGUUUCAUUUGUAAAGGAAAAAAAAGGAGAGAAAAAAACAGGUACAUUUAAACACCCUUUUGUAACUUAUUAAAAUAUAUCUUGCAAAUUCUAA